AUGUCGAGUGUUUUAAAAGUUGUUUUAGUGGUAACGCUUUGGGCUGCAAUUCAAUGCUCGCCCUACGACGAUGGAAAAUACAGGCCAAAAAAAUAUGACUUUUAUGAUGACGGGGGUUACUAUAGACCUCUGGAUGAAGGGAAGUACAUACCUGGUGAUGAGGGACGAUACACGUACAUAUAUCAACAAGGGUUAUAUCCAGAAGAUGAUGGGGACUAUAGAUAUGUGCAUAGAGAUUACAAGUAUGUGCAUCAAGUAGGACCCAAUGGUGGAUUUGGAGGAAAUGGCGGCUUCGGCGGAAAUGGUGGUAAUGGUGGCAAUGGAGGUUUCGGUGGAAAUGGAGGCUUUGGGCCAAAUGGCCCACCAGGUCCUAAUGGCCCUCCUGGCCCACCAGGUCCUAAUGGCCCUCCUGGCCCGCCAGGAUCCGGCAAAUACGGUUCUUCAAAGAAAGUUACUAAAAUUGAUUACAUCGGCAGCAAGACUUAUGCUAAUAGAUAUCCUUAUAUACAUAAAGUAAUAAAAUCGUUAGUCGACAGGUAUGUCUCAGAAGAUGCCAUUAAUUUUGGUGACGAAUCACAAGGAAGCAUCAAUCAUUACAGCAAGGUUUAUGCAGAUAAAGAAACUGCUGUCAAAUGCAAAUAUUUGGAUCCUGCUAACCAAACGGAAUUCGUUACCCAAUAUCCACCAACAUUAAAAGUUCCUCAGGGUGAAAAGUUCGGCUCUUACUACAGUUUUAGGGGCACAAAAACUCUAAGUACCGUCAAAAAUGCUUUGACUAAUAAACUGAAGUUAGAGUACGAGGUAUUUGUAAGAGUUGUUGAUUCAAAUUCAGAAUAA